UUGACAAUCAACAAACCUCAACCGUAUUAAUUAUUAUUGCAGCAGUUUUUCUAAAUUGAGAUGCAUAUGGGAGAAGGCCCUUGUCGCCUCCAGAGGUAUGUGAGCUUCUCAAAGCUAAGGAAUAAGGACAUGCUGAUGGUUUAGGUUCCCUGUUUGUAUGUGUGUGUGUGUAUGUGUGUUAGCAAGGGAGAGAGAGUGAGAGAGAUAGAGUGGUAGGGGUGGGGUGGAUAGUGGGUCCAAACAGGGGGUAUCCAAUACAGGAUAAAAUUAGGCCAGCCAGGCCUUAUAUUGCUGACUGAGCUCUGGGGGACAAAAAAAGCAUGGAGAGUGAGGACUUACGCAAAGAGUAAGAAGAAUCGCUGCAGAGAUGGCCUCCAAACUUGCUGAUUUGGUGUACUGGAGAAACAUGUGGUGGACAGGUGUGGUGUUCACUGGGCUGGUGAUUGGCUUGGCCAGUUUAUUUCAGCUCAGCACCAUCACUGUGCUCUGCAAUGUUUUUCUGGGUGUCAUGUGCCUCACCUUUCCUCUCCGUCUCUACUAUAAACUGCUGGAAGUGCUGAGGUGGAACCCUGGAGUACAUCCCUUCCAGUCCUAUCUGGAUUACGACAGCACACUGACAGACAAGGACACAGUGAUGCUGGUAGAGGAGAUGGUGCUGCUCUCUGCAUUCGCUGUCACUAGUAUCAAACGACUGCUUUUCAUUGGCAGCAUCUUAGACUCUAUUAAGUUUCUCCUGCUCCUGUACCUGUUGUCUUACAUUGGUGUGUUAAUCAAUGGGCUGACCUUGAUCAUUAUUGCUGUGAUUGCUAUAUUCUCCCUUCCUCUGCUGUACAAAAAGCAGCAGGUGCGGAUAAGGAAGAUAGUCCGAGCAACCAGAGCAUUUUGGAAAAGAAUCCAAAACAUAUUUCUCAGACUUUAUCAGUCAGCAAGACCCUCUAGUGCCCCUGCCUCCAAGCCUGCAACUGCAACUGCAGCUGCCCUUAAGCAGAAAGUCAAGUCAAAGUAACACGUUUUGUUGUCACUGUAUGGCACAGAAUUUAGGAUCUUUGAAAUGGUAUUCAUGGUACAUCCACCACGGACCCCCAAAGAAGGUCCAGGAGAACCACUCCACAUUCAUCACUCCAAACUGUUGAACCUGUCUGUGUAGAUAAUUUAGUCCACCCUGUGCACUGAGUGUACUGAAUAAAUGUUAUUGGUGCCAUUAAAUUUUCUUUCUACUAUACUUUGUAAUGUGGUGUUUACUAUGAAAUGAAGAUGAAUAAAUACACAAGAGUGUAUUGCUAUGGCAUUGUCACUGCAGGGAGGGGAGAGGGAGGGGCAUGAAAUGUAAUGCACUACACUGUCCAAUGCUGUAAAUGUUUAACAAGAAACAGGCACAGUAAAACCCAACAACAUAAAAAGGAUGAUGUUUGGUUUUUGUGUUUUUAUACAUCAGUAUUAGUGAAAACACAAUAGGCAAAGGACAGUUGUUAAUUAGAUAAAUACAGUACAUAUUACAACGUAUGACAAUGUGCAAUAUAGAUUAAGAAGGCUAGCCUCUUAGCAGUAGAAGAUUUUUACACAGCACUUCAGCACAUUUGGUGCUGCUCAAAAAACCAAAAGAAAAACCAAACCAUUUUUAAACCCAGAGGAAUGGGCCUGAAACAAAGCCCCCUUUGUACAAUUCUAACAGUAACAUUCUAUUUUAACACAUACAGUAUGUGCUGCAGUUUCCCUUGUAUUUACAAGUCAGCAUCAUGUUAUAUUGACAAAGACCUCAAACAGGUGUUGACUACAGUAUUUAAUAUCAUGGUAAGUGAAGUGAGAGUUGGCCCCGUUUUAUUACUAGUUUAUUCUGCUUAAUGUUGAACGUGGUCUCAAGCAACUUGAAUAAUAAAAAUCCCUGUUCCAACAUACAGACCCUGUGCAAAAAGGCAUUACUCUACUUUAUUUUAUAAGCCACAUAUACAAUGACAAUGGCUUGUCAUUUUUAUUCAUCGUUAUAUACUAAUAUCUGCAGAACUAUCUACACAUACAAAGUGCCACUGGAAGUGACUUCCAU